UUAUUGCUUUGCUAGUGGCUGUUAAUCUCCGUGCUACAACUCGGCAUGUCUGGACGCGGAAAGCAGGGCGGGAAGGCGCGCGCCAAGGCCAAGACGCGCUCCUCGCGGGCCGGGCUGCAGUUCCCCGUGGGCCGCGUGCACCGCCUGCUCCGCAAGGGCAACUACUCCGAGCGGGUCGGGGCCGGCGCGCCCGUGUACCUGGCAGCGGUGCUGGAGUACCUGACGGCCGAGAUCCUGGAGCUGGCGGGCAACGCGGCCCGCGACAACAAGAAGACGCGCAUCAUCCCGCGCCACCUGCAGCUGGCCAUCCGCAACGACGAGGAGCUCAACAAGCUGCUGGGCAAAGUCACCAUCGCGCAGGGCGGCGUGCUGCCCAACAUCCAGGCCGUGCUGCUGCCCAAGAAGACCGAGAGCCACCACAAGGCCAAGGGCAAGUAGAGGCCUGCAUUAGUUUGCAAUAACUUGAAACCAAAGGCUCUUUUCAGAGCCACCCAUGCUUUUUUAAAAGGGCUUGCCUUUUUUUUUUUUUUUCAGUAGCUAAUUGAAAAUGGCUUUCAUUAGUGUUGCUAUCCACUUGAAAACUAAAAUAAAAACGCAGUUAUUAUCAGCCAAGUAAAACGGACACGGAGGUACAUUGUGUCAUGCAAAAAAAGGUGACUAAUAUAGCAGGCCCUCGGUUAAAAGUGGAACUCUUAGAAUUCACAAUCGAUCUCCUUUAGAGAAACCAAGAGCCGUCCCCUUUUUCUGAGGUGAAAUACUUAAGGCUGGAAACGUGUUUAAAUCUACAUGUGCACUUAGGUUAAAUUUUGUUAAUAGCUGGUUGCUAAGAUUUUAUAUGGUAACCACAAAGAGGCCAGUCCACCUUCUAAGCCAUUGCUCAUACUUUAUAGACAAUAUUAGGAUAGCAAAAAUAUUAGGAAGAGGACAAAUUUUGUUUUCCUAAAAACAAAGGAUUGGCAACCCCUUGUAUUGAAGGCAGUUGCAAUUCUGUGCCGGGACAAAAGUUAGGAGUA